CAAGACCAAAAUAGCUGGAGGACAACAGAAGCCGAGACAGCUCAUUGUCUCCAAAUAAACGCGACUAACUUGGAGUUUGAGAGUAAAAAAGUUGCAUUACAGAAAACCUAGCAUGUUGACAACUGAGGAAGGACCUAAACAGCACAUUUACAGCUGGAAAGCUCAAUCCGUUGGAGGUACUCAACCCCGUAUCGGUCACCCUGGGAGACGUGUCAACAGCAAGGCAUGGCAUCUCAGCUCCAGACCCCAGCACUGGAGAAAUACGGCACCAUCAUAUUACUUUUGCUUUGUGAGACAAGCCAUCCUUUGGAACAGAGGACAGUAUCAUACAGUUAUCAAGCGUGAGAAUGGCCCUCCACCCUUGUGUUCUCGCUUUCAUGCUCAUAUGGAGGCCUGUCCUGUCCGUUUUAGAACUCCACAUUUCCUAAAUGUGCACUCCAGACCAGGAACUUAUCGUCUGGGGCAAGAACAACAACAACAGCAGAGCCUGAGUGCUCCACAACCUCAAAUAUGGCCAGACGUCAGAAGGCACCAAAACAUGGAUAAUUCCAGUAGAAACCAAUUCAGUGUGUUUCUGCCCCAUGUACCUGGAUUUCCUGCUUCUCCAGUACCCCCAGCAAGUCCUUCUCUGACUCUCAAGUUUGUUGAUCACCCUCAGAGAUCCCAAACCCCCAAUACACACUUCCAGCUGACAGAUAAGGAAGAAGAUGUAUACACUGCUCCACAAGAUCUGAAUCAAGGGCACCAUGAAAUGGCUGAAGAAGAGACAUUGACACCAAAGACUCCAAUGUCCACCCCGACAACCCCAGGCAUACCAGCCACUCCAACCACUCCAGGCACCCAAAGAACCCCAAGUACCCCAAUUACUCCAGACACCCCAACAUCUUCUGUGACCCCAAAUUCUCUUUCUGAUUUCAGCCGCCCUUCGUCCAGCCAGUUCAGCCGUAGCACAGACCUGAACAGUAGCUUCUCAGACGCCCUGUCAGUGAACUUCAGUGUUGACCAUUAUGCUGAUAAUAGUACCGAUGACGAAGACAAUCAUGCUUAUGACCUCAACCAGAAUAAUGAUUAUCAAGAGGGCUGCUCUACUUCUCUGCCCGAGCUUCACUUCAGCUCUGCAGGAAGUUGCAGCCAGGCCAGCUCACGAAUGGAAGUCCUUCAAGCACAUCUCUCCAGAUCUCUCACAUCCUGCAAACAAGAAACACCUUCCACUUGCUUGCCAGACACUCCACUUUACAUCUCUAAAACUCCUCAAUCACGGCAAACCUCAGCCGCCCAAAGGUCCACAUAUGAAACCCUGCAUGGACGGCCUGGAUCAAGCCAGUCUGGCCUGAGCAUUCAGUCACAAAAACCUGAUUGCUCAGCAGCGGACAGUCGGUCAGAAUGGAACCUUUGGCCCGUGCUUCCUCCCAUCAUGCCUCAGGAAGAUGAACUGCAAGGUCAGUGUAUAAUGGAGGGGACCCCUGACUCCCAGUCCAACAGGUCCCAGUCUGAUAUCUUUGCUGAGCUGGAUGAUCUGGCCCCUUGCUCAAGUUCCUGUGUGUCCCCAGACCACCCAGCCGGGAGUCAAACUGACCGAUCCUCACCUACCACAGAUCUGAGCCCUGGACUUGCGGCACUGACUGUGGGAUGUGAUUCGGGUGAUCUGGGAUCUUUGUCCCGUGUGCAGCUUUUGCUAUUGGACCGAAAAGGAUCCGAAAGCCCUGGUUCCAUCCCAAGCCCCAAAUGGUGUAGCACUCCAGACGGGGAGGAGUAUGAACCUGGCCUUAGAGUCUGGAGCUCGGGCAUUUCCCAAUAUUAUCAGUCCACAGUCCUAGACAACCGCAAACCAUUAAGUGGCAGAAACAGUGGCCAAGAUUCUUUGGCAACUUUCAAGGAACGCAAAAAGUGCCCUGGGCUCAUCAGUGUGGAGAGUGGAUCAAGGACAUCAUCCUCUUGUUCUGUCAGCUCAAGAGUGUCUGAGAGCAGCUCUAAGAACCAAAAGAAACCCACCUGUGAGGACCAAGGUUGCGAGUUGCAAGAUGAUGUCCCGCUCUAUUUGUCGCCACUCUCUCCCAGUGCUUUGCGGACAGAAAGCCCAACAAACGAGGGGACCAUACUGGUCCUGCAAUGCCCAGAGAGCAGUGACCAUGCUGAAAAACACAGGAACAGGUCCGACAGACUCCGAGAGAAGAGGAAGAGGAAGAAGGAGAUCAAGAGGAGGAAGAAUAAAGCCCUGGAGAUUUACUCCAAACUCCAGGAUGGAAAAGACCUGGCAGAGCCCACUCAUCAGAGCCCUUGCUCUAAGUUUGAGGACUUCGAUUUUCUGGCAAAGUACUGCAUCCUCAGUAAGGAGAAGCUGUCAGUGUACAAAAGGGCAUUUGAGGCUGCUGACAGUGAUGGAGAUGGUUAUCUGAGCUGUCUGCAAGUGCUGCUGGCCCUGAAAGAGAUCAUUCCCCCAGAACUUCUGACUGAAGAAGAGGAAAUAUAUGUGUACAGGAUUCUGGAGCUGGUUGAUUUCAGAGUGACAGAAGGCCUUACGGACCUGCGCCUGUUUGCUGUAGUGGCCAGUCUGGCCCAGAAAAUAGCCACAUUAGAUGAUUUCAUGCGAUCCCUCAUCAGCAAGAUGGAUUUCAGAUCUCUGGAGAUGAAGCUUUAUAAAGCCAAGCAGUUGUUCCUGUUCUUGCUGGAGGCCCAGACAGGGGGUGCUGUGGCACCAGAGGGCUGCAUUGAGGCAGAGCAACUCCUAGUGGAGCUCAAGGCAGGGGGCAUCAGGCCAGAGCACGAGGCGUCGGUAAGACGAGAACUUCGCAAUCUGCGCUCCCUCGACCUUCUCGACUUCCUUGCUCACCUGCCUCUCUUCAUCCUCAUCCACAACUCGGUAAUCGCCAACCCCUUCGAUGACUCCAGCAACCUGUGAUGGUAUCAACAAGAACUGUUUGCACCAAUGGUUAUGUCAUAUUAAUUCCAGUGCAAAACAUAAAAAAAUAAACACAUAUAUUGGAGAUAUAUGCAUAAUAAUACACAUAUCUGAAAAAGUUUAGGGUUGGUAAGAUUUGGAUGUUUUUGAAAGACGUUCUUAUGCUCACCACAGCUGCAUUUACUUGAUAAAAAUACACUGUAAAAAAAAUCCCAGUAAAAUUUACAGUAAAAA